CUGCAGCUUCACAAAUGCUUCCAGGAAAGGUUUUGGUUCCUGCAGCUGUUGAUCAGGUUCAGGGGCAAGCACUAGCUGCAUUGCAAGUUUUAAAGGUUAUUGAGCCUGAUGUUCAACCUAGUCACUUAUGCACACGUCGUGAAUAUGCUCGGUGGUUGGUGACUGCUAGCAGUGCUCUAUCAAGGAAUACAAUUUCGAAAGUGUAUCCUGCCAUGUACAUAGACAAUGUUACUGAGCUUGCAUUUGAUGAUAUCACCCCUGAAGACCCUGAUUUUUCUUCUAUUCAAGGUUUGGCAGAAGCUGGACUUAUUGAAAGCAAGCUUUCGAGACAUGAUAUACAGUUGUCUGCAGAUGAAGACGGUGGCCCAUUUUACUUCUCUCCUGAAAGCCCUUUAUCACGCCAAGAUCUUGUAAGUUGGAAAAUGGCCCUGGAGAAGAGACAGCUUCCUGAAGCUGACAGAAAGACACUGUACAAACUUUCCGGGUUUAUCGACACUGAAAAGAUACACCCUAAUGCUUGUCCUGCACUAGUAGCUGACCUCUCUGCUGGUGAACAGGGUAUUAUAGCUCUUGCAUUUGGUUAUACACGAUUGUUUCAGCCAGAGAAACCAGUAACCAAUGCCCAAGCGGCUGUUGCCCUUGCUACCGGAGAUGCUUCUGACGUAGUCAGUGAAGAGCUUGCACGCAUUGAAGCAGAGUCUAUGGCUGAAAACGCUGUUGCUGCACAUAGUGCUUUGGUAGCUCAGGUUGAGAGGGAUAUCAAUGCAAAUUUUGAGCAGGAGCUUUUAAUAGAGAGGGAAAAGAUCAACAAUGUUGAAAAAAUGGCCGAGGAGGCAAAACUAGAGUUGGAAAGGCUAAGAGCCGAGAGAGAAAACGAAAAUAUUGCUUUGUUGAAGGAACGUGCUGCUAUUGAAUCAGAAAUGGAGGUCUUUUCAAGGUUAAGGCGUGAGGUUGAGGAUCAAUUACAAAGCCUUAUGAAUAACAAAGUUGAAAUAGCUUAUGAAAAAGAGAGGAUCAACAAGCUUCGAGAGGAAGCUGAAGUCGAAAACAAAGAGAUUGCCCGUUUACAGUAUGAGCUAGAGGUUGAAAGAAAAGCCUUGUCCAUGGCCAGGGCUUGGGCAGAGGAUGAGGCGAAACGAGUUAGAGAACAAGCAAAAGCUUUAGAGGAGGCUAGAGACCGUUGGGAGAGGCAUGGAAUCAAAGUGGUGGUCGACAAUGAUCUUCGUGAGGAAGCAUCUCCUGGAGUUACAUGGCUCAACGCUGGAGAACAGUUCUCCGUUCAAGGAACAGUCAACAGGGCUGGUAGCUUAUUGGACAAGCUCAAAAAAAUGGCAGCAGAUGUCAGAGGAAAAUCUAGAGAAACAAUUGAUAAGAUCAUCAACGUGAUUUCUAUAUUCAUAUCAAACUUGAGGGAAUGGGCAUGCAAAACUCGAAAACAGGCUGAAGAGUUAGGAGAAGCUACCAUAUCAAAGGCAGGUAAGUCAGCUCAAGAGCUGCAGCAAGGUGCCGUCGAAUUUGGAUAUGCUGUCAAAGAAGGUGCAAAGCGAGUUGCUGGUGAUUGUAGAGAAGGAGUUGAGAAACUCACUCAAAAGUUCAUCAAGACCUGACCCUUCCCUUCUUUGCAUCUCUAAAGUUUUCCAAGCAUAGAGUUACUUAUUGGGCAAGGUUGUAGUUUUCUUUGGUUUUUCUUUUUCCAAUGCUUCAUCAGAGAUGGUUUACCAGCUGCAGAUAAAAAUGCCUUCCAAAGAUCACAACAUAUUCAUGUGAAUCCAUGAUUGUAUAAGUGAGACUUGUAGGAAUUUUAGUCGAGAAAUAAUGGGUUGCAACUCAACAUUUUGCCUUCCGUGUUCAACAUGUGCAGUUCAUUCCACUUAUAUGUGAAAAUAAAGGAGUUAAACCAAAGGCCAAA